AAUAUGGAGGUAUCAAAUCAGGAAAAUGGUGGUCUGAUAUCUGUAAAAAGUUUGGAACCCAUAUUUAUCCAACCUGAAAAAAAACCUUAUAACGGGACGCAUCUGUUGUCCAAUCUAGACCGCGCUGUCGUCGCCAUGAUGAAAACCAUUUACAUUUACAAUCUAGACGGCAAGACGAGUAGUGAAGCUGCUUGUGAUGUGAUCAAACAAGCCUUGUCUAAAGUUUUAGUUUAUUAUUAUCCACUUGCCGGGCGACUAAAAUCAAAUUCUGAUGGAAAGCUUUUCGUUGAGUGCACUGAUACCGAAGGGGUGCCAUUUGUUGAAGCAAUUGCGAAUUUCAGCAUCGUCGAGCUUGGUGACAUCACAGUUCCUGAAACUCCAAAGUUAGAGAAGUUUAUUUACGAAGUCCCUGGUGUUGAAAACAUACUAGAAAUGCCUUUGAUGACCGUACAGGUGACAAGGUUCAAGUGCGGUGGUUUUGCCUUGGGGUUGACAAUGAACCACUGCGUAGCUGAUGGAAAAGCUGGGAUGGAGUUUGUGAAUUCAUGGGCAGAAAUAGCAAGAGGCGUACCACUAACCACCCCACCAGUUCUUGAUAACUCUAUGUUUAUGUCCGGGAAACGAUCUCCCCUCGACAAAAGCCCCACAGAGAAGUUCAAUAUAGUUGAUAUAAGUGACGUGUCAAACCUGGAAAGCCAGUACCAAAAAGAGAACACGGUGUACAAAUCAUUCAGUUUUGAUCAAAACAAGUUGGCAGAGCUAAAGAAAAAAGCAAUGGAGGAGGAUGAAGGGUUAAAAUACUGCUCAAGCUUCACAGUACUCGCAGCUUUAGUGUGGCGUGCACGAAACCAAACUCUGAAAAUGGAACCCCAUCAGAAAAGCAGGCUUUUGUUCACUGUUGACAUAAGAUCCAAGCUUAAUACACCAUUGCCAAAAGGUUUUUUUGGCAACGGGGUAGUAACAAGUGAGUGCACUUGCACUGCAAGUGAACUGAGUGAAAACCCGUUUUCUUUUGCAGUAAAAAUGGUGCAAAAUGCUAUUAAGAAAGUUAACGAAGAUUAUGUCCAAUCAUAUAAUGAUUUUUUUGAAAAUAUAAGCAUCACAAUACCGCCGCCUUCUUUGACUGGAACGCUUGUGAUCACUUCAUGGACUAGAAUUGCGUUCAACUCUGCAGAUUUUGGUUGGGGAGAGGCAUCACAGUUUGGCAGUGUAGUGAUUCCGAAAGAAGUGUGUUUGUUUAGUCCCGCAGGAAUAAAAGAGACGGAGGGUGUCAUGCUGAUUUUGGGUUUGCCAGUUAGUGCCAUGAACACCUUCCAAGAACUAAUGAAUAAAGUUUGAUCAUCAAUCUAUAGUGCGUAAUAUCUAGUUUUCCUAAUAAAUUGUGAUGAGAUUUUCUGCAAUUGCAUGCGUACAAGUUUCCUUGGCGUGUUUAUAUUAUUGAAGUCAUCUUUGUACCUUUUGUAAGUUGAAAUAUGUAUCGGUUUGCUCACUUCUUUACUUACUGCAUUGA